ACAAUCAGCUGACAUAUAACACAGGAUUCUGUCCGAUGCUUGCUUAGUCAUUCGACAACAUUGAAUCAAGAACGAGCAUAAGUACUUAGAAGUUAAAGCAAUACGAAAUCAUGGCAGUUGUAGGAGUUGACGUAGGCGAUCAUUCUACAUAUAUAUCUGUUGCAAGGUUAGGAGGGGUGGAGACAAUUUCUAAUGAUUACUCUCUCCGUUCUACACCGACAAUUGUUGCCUUUGGAGAGAGACAGAGAUUUAUGGGAGUUUCUGCGGAGAACCAGCGUAAUUUAAACCCCAAGAGCACAGUGAGUUACUUCAAGAACACAGUGGGCCGCUCUUUCAACGACGUGGAAUCUAUCUCUGCAAGAUUUGGUGCAUCAGUGAAAACUGACGGUAAAGGAAGAUUAUUAUUUGAAAUUCAAAAUCGAGAAUUUAUUCCAGAGCAAGCCUUUGGUAUGAUGUUUACCAAGGUAAAGGAGUUGGUUGCUGCGGUGGAAGGAGAAAUUGAGACCUUGGUAGUGUCCGUCCCAAUAUACUUUACACAGGCUCAAAAACUUGCUGUUCGGGACGCAGCGCUGAUAGCUGGGCUUCAUGUUAAUCAGAUUAUUGCUGAUACAUCAGCUUUAGCGCUCAGUUACGGAAAAACUAAGGAUUUGGAUUCUGAACCUAGAAAUGUUGUUUUUGUCGAUGUUGGAUGUGAAGGUACACAAGCUGUGCUAGCUGAGAUUUGUGCCCAACAUGCUAAAAUACUUGCCAGCUCCUACAAUAGAGUUGGGGGUAAGGUAUUCGAUGAUAUUCUAGUUGAUUUUGCUGUAAAAUUGAUUGAAGAAAAGCACAAAAUCAAACUGUUGGGGAAUGUGAGAGCAUUAAAUAAGAUCAGAAAUGCAAUGGAGAAAGCUAAGAAGACUAUGUCCACUAACACAAACCAAGUUCCUGUGCAGAUCGAUUCUAUUACAGAGGAUGUUGAUGUUAAUUUUACGAUUAAUCGGGUUCAAUUUGAAGAUCUGAUCAAACCCUGUGUUUCUGAGAUAAAAGAAACCCUGGAGAAUCUUCUUGCAUCAACCACAGUGAAACCUGAACAACUCUACGGGGUAGAAAUAGUAGGAGGUAGUACCAGGAUACCAAUUCUCAAGCAGACAAUUCAGGAUGUUUUUGGAGUAGCUCCACGUACAGAGUUGAACACUGAUGAGGCUGUAUCUCGGGGUUGUGCUCUACAAGCAGCCAGCCUCAGCUCCAAGUUCCUCACAAAGAAGUUCGAGGUUGAGGAUAGUGUUCACCAGGGUAUUGAGGCUGUGUUUGUAUACGGUGGUGAGCAUGAGAAGGUGUUGAUAUGUGAUGAAGGGGAUAGUAUUAAUGAGGAGAAAAAGAUCGAGAUAACCGCAGAUUUACCUUUAAAUAUUGCUUUACAGUACGCAGAAUCGGCCAGUGUGGACGAUAAAUUUAUUUCUCUCUAUAAGGUGGACGAAGUUGAGACAGCCUCAGGCGUCUUCAGUCUGAAAUUUUGCUUUAAUGAGUUCGGAGUUCUGGAGUUAAAAGAGGUUCUACUGGUCUCGCAAGAGAAAUCUAAAGCUAGACGAAUCUCUGAGUGUGGAGAUGAUGGUAAACCUGAAAGAGAUAUGGUUCCGUGCAGAACAGUUCUAUCCUUUACUAAAUCCAUGCCGGAGCCGUUGAGCGUGACAGAGCUGAGAGACCAGGAAUCCAACCUAGUCUCCCUGGACCAGGAGGAGAUACACAGACAAGAAGAGAAGAAUAGAUUGGAGGAACAGCUCUACAAGUUCAGGAACAAAAUCUUGGAGGAUUCAAACCCGGUGGAGAAGGAGGAGGUGUUCAUCAACCUCAAAACCUACCUCGACGAAAUAGAGACCUGGCUGUACGAGGAGGGGGAGGAUGCACCCAGACUUAGUUACACCGAACUGAUCAGCACCCUGGAGAAUAAGUUAAAGGUCUACUCAACCUGGUUCAACAAGUUCAUGUUGAUGAGGAAGCGGGAGGACGAAAAGGCCAAGUUUCUAGAGAAGCAAGGACAGAGACAGAUCCCUAUUGUCUAUGAAGGACAGGACGAGUAUGUGCCAAAGCAAGGUAGUCCAGCAAGGAGAGGACGAGAACCGUUCCCACGGGACCCAUUUGGAGGGUUUGGACGAUCCUCGUUUUUUGACGAUUCUCCUUUUGGUUGGUAGGAAGUAUGAAACCCAUUCUGUAUAAUGUAUGUAAAUAUUAAAUAAUGUCAAAAAAUAAAUAAAUUUUAAUUUAUUAA